AUUUAGCCUUUAGCUUUGCGAAAGAAGCAUACUUUGCGUGUUGUUGUAACCAGAGAAUAUUGCCCCUCUGUUCCUGACUUCAUGUCUAUAUAAGAGAGUGCAGCAAUGGACAAUUGCCGAUCCCUCUCCCAGCUAUUCGUUUUGCUCAUUUGCAGUUGCCUGGCCGUUCUUGUUCUCUCAUUUCCAUGCUAAAUCUCUUUGUUUUUGGUUCCCAGCGAAGUGACUGAUAUAAAAAAAUUCCAUCCAUCCUCCACAAACACCUCAUCACCAGAAAAAAAAACCAUCUGGUUGCAUAUUUUCCCAUUAGUCUUGUUCUUUCGUACCUACAAUUACGCCUUUUAAUCAGCAGUUCUAGUAAAAGAAAUCAUAAAUUUUAUUUUUUGCUGCUUCCUAUACUGUUAGUCUGCACUGUUAUGUUAUUUUAUCCUUUUUCUUUUACCUACUAUUGUUUUGCGCCCUUUCUUUCCAUAGUGAUCAGUUGGAAAAAGCAAAAACAAAAGAAGAACUGCUUCCUAUUCUGUUAGUCUGCAUUUUUUUAUGUUGUUUUAUCCUUUUCCUUUUACCUACUGUUGUUUUGCGCCCCUCUUUUCCUCAGCAAUCAAUUGGAAAAAGUAAAAAAAAAAAGAACUUCCCUUUCCAUUGUUCUUCUACACUACAGCAAUUAAGUGCUUCUUCUAACGACAAAUUGCUAUACCAAAAAGAUUCAUAUGGUCCAACCCCCUUCAAACGGAAACCCAGCAAGUCAACUAUAGGUCAUAUCUUGUCAUCCAUUCAAUAUCAGCAAACUUUUGCACCAGGACUAUAUAAGUAAGUGUAAUUUUGCUUCUGGAGCAGAUCACUUGGAGAGACAAGAUAUAUAUUGGCGACCUCCUUCAGGUUAAAGUUUGUUCUCUUGUUUAAGGAACUGUUUGAUGCUAUAUCACACAAAGUUAUCCCUGGAAAUUUCACUAAAAACAACCAGCCAAAGGCUAAACCAGAGGUUCCAUAAUCUGAGAAUUUGAGUCCACUACUAAACACAAGUCAUGCUGGCAUCAUUUUCAUUUAAAAUACCAUUGAAUCAGUGGCGUCAACAUCUGCAAGAUAUCAACUUCUGGCUGAAUGGAUAUAUCAACAGCCCUGCAUAUUUGGAAGAAAAACUUGUCAAGUAUUUCGUGCAGUGGAAUGUUGGGGUCGGUCCCGCAGCAUGUUUCACUCGAGCUAUAUCGAGCAUUUCUCGGGAUGUAAUCAUCAGGAAACAUGGUCCCAUCGACCAUGUAAUAGAGGUGGACAUGAAGCAGGCAGCAGUAGUGCCGGGAACGAGGCUCAGCAUCAAUGACAAGCUGCAUAUCAAAGUGGCGGAGCAGCUCGGGCUACUCGGCCAAGAUUUUGACAGGAUCAAGGAAAAGAAUGACGAGCAAUGGUACUAUGCCUACAACGAUGCCACAGACUUUUCCAUGAGUCUGUUAAAAUCAUCCAUUGAGCCUCAAAUAACCCAAAAGCUAUUGACGAAGACGUACCUGCUGGUGGUUGAGAACCUCGACGAGCCAAUAAAGCCCAUCAAGUUUGAAGAUUUCACGGAGGGCUUAUGCCUUCCUCCCCUUAUGUGGAAAUGCUCUUUUUGGCUCGUAUCCACCACCUCCCAAGAUGUUUGUGACAGGAGCAAGUCAGAUUAUUCUGGUGUCAUCGAAUCCUUCACUGGGGAUGAUAUAUUGAUGCUUACUCUCUACUCACUGCAUCAAGCGGCCAAGUACAUCAUGAGUGUGAUUGGCAACAAAGACGAGCAAUAUUGGCACCAUGUGGCCAUCCAGUGCUUUCACUCCGCCACCAUGCUGCUCAUUCCACCGGCUCAUGGAGAUGGAGAUCAGCAGAGUUCUGAUGCACCGGCUGCUAUUACUUCAGAUGAGCUGAUACGUCAAUGGGCCGCACAAGGUCUCAUCACUGUUGUACGAGAAAGAACAGAGGAGGUGACAUCAGCCAGCUACCAUGGCAAAUACAGUGAUAUAUACCAAGUUGGAAGUGUUAUCCUUGAAGCUUUUCAAGAGUACUCCUUGCUGCAGGUUCCCUGUUUUCCAGCAACUAAAGCAGAUGAGGCCACAAAAUCUGCUGCUCACUUCCUAGCAUAUCACAGCCUCAUUGCAGAGUGCUGCGCAGCAGAUGAACUUUGUGAGGGCAAUUAUUCUGGGUUGGAGCGCAUGCAAUGGAUCUCGCAUGUGGGUGAGCAGGGAUGGCAUGUAAGCAGAGAAUGGUUGAGCCAGGAAGCCGGUGGCCCAACCAUGCUUAUUAUGAGGUAUUGCUCACAACAGUCAAGGUUUUUCAAGAAGCUUGAAUCUGAUCAUUUCUUGGCCACACUCCAUUGUCUCCGUGCUCUUGAUCUUUCCUACACUCCACUACAAUCACUACCUCCUUCAUUCUGCUACCUCCAAAAACUCCAAUUGCUUUCUCUCAGAGGCUGCUAUAACCUCACAAGUCCAUUCAGCUUCCCAAUUGCUGAAAUCAUCCUCUGUCAUAACAACAGUAACAGAAUGUUCAAUUUGCUAUACCUCGAUCUCUCCUAUUCAAAUAUAUACACAUUCCAGUGCGACUUCUUCCAUAGCAUGCCCAAUCUAAAAGAGCUCCUGCUUGUUAGGUGCUCGAACCUUGAGGAGUUGCCACCCUCCAUUGCUGUGUUGUCUAGUCUAACAACACUUGAAAUCAUAGGUACUCAAAUAAAAUCUUUCCGCAUAGAGAUAGUUGAAGAAAUGAGGAAGCUCCGAUCACUCAAGCUGAUUGACAAUAACCUGCUAGGGCUAACAGAGAUAAAAUUGGAUGGGCAUGGUACCCUUAAUUCAUUCUCAUUGAUUGGUACACUACAUAUAAAGCGAUUGUCAUUGCACGGAUGUAGUAAGCUAGAAUCCGUGGACAUUAAGGAGGUUGAUGCUUUGGAGGAGCUCGAUUUGUCUGCCACGGCUAUCAAGGAGCUACCAGACAACAUCCCUAAUCUGCCCCAGCUUAGGCGAUUGCUUCUCAGGGGAGUUCCUUCCCUGAGACGAUUCCCUUGGCAUAAGCUGCAAAGACUCCCGGAUGUGUUUUGCUUGGAUCAAUGCCCAGAUGGAACUGUUAAUCAUCAUUGCAGUCCACAAGUUGCUCAGGUGCGCAUAUGUGAUUCCAGAUUGUUUUAUAGCUUCAACAAGAGCACCAGGGAUUUAGUACAGGAUGGAGGACUUUUCAAAUCUUUCUAUGUUCAAGUUACAUCAUCAUGCAAGGCCACAACUCGGAAGAUACAGGAUGAAGAGGAGAUGGUGAAAACCAGCAAGCUUCAUGCAUCAUUGGCAGCCUAUGCUGAUGUAAACCGUCGCUAUCUGACAGACGGAGUCUUGAUGGUGUCAAUGGAUGACGUGCCUCCCUUUCGGGAUACUGAGCGUCAUGUGGAGAUCUCAGAAGUGGAGCGGUAUCCCCAUGGUCUGAAGUAUCUUCUGGAAGCCACUAAAUCAAUUAGCAUGGCAGACGAUACUCACGUCUCCUGCCUCAAUGAUCUGAGUCAUUUGAAUGUGCUGGAGGAAUGCAAGCUCCAGCGGUGCCAUCGGAUGGUGCAUGUCUUUAAUAAUGUGUAUUACCUGGGGCGGAGUCUGAAGAAUGCACAUGUCUCUCAUCUCAAAAGUCUGACGCAUUUCAAAGGCGUGGAUUAUGCUUAUGGUUUCCUUGCACUGAAGCACCUCCGGCUGGAGCAUUGCCCGAGGUUGGAAGGCGUCAUGCCACGUGGAUCUGUGCUGCCAAGUCUCGUGACGCUCGACAUCCUCUUCUGCUACAAUCUCAAGGUAAUUUUCUACUACAGUCGUCAGCGUCCUUCUAGUUUCGAGCUCCCAUGUCUUCGGAGGAUCCACCUCCAGGAGCUGCCCCUGCUGAAGCAUCUUUACGACGACGACGCCGUCCUGGCCGCGCCCGCAUGGGAGGAGCUCCACGUCCGCGGGUGCUGGAGCUUGCGCCGCCUCCCGCACCUCGACCGACGACAAGGCAAGAAGGCCGUGGCGGUGAGCGGGGAGCGGGCCUGGUGGACCAAGCUCCGCUGGGAUGGCCGGGACGACUCGCACCGCGGCAGCUACGAGCCCAGGCUUCCUCGGGCGUCCGCCUCCAUCCGCAAGCGCGUCGUCAUCAAGACCUACCUCAGGUGAAGGAAUAUAAUAAUGAGCCAUGCCCAAGCCGCAAUCUCAUCCAGUUUUAUAUACACAAGAUCACAGCUACAUCCUCGGUCCCACGUACUCACCCACGCCGCCGCCGUCCAGAGUUUCGCCAUGCCCGCACGCCCGCGUCCAUCUCCAGUUUCCAAAUUAAAUAAGAGGUUAAUUUGGUUUGUCUGCUGGCUGCUUCGUCGUCCUCGUCCGGUAUGCCGCGCCGGCCGGCCUCCCACUCGGCCACUCCCACCCAGCAGGCCGACGCAUCCAGCGGUGGCAGCAGCUCAACCAGAUUGCAGUGUUUGAUGCCUCAAUAACGUGUGCUUUGAAGUGUUGUGUGCUUGCAUUGCUUCGAUCAGUUCGUGCAGUGACUUUGAUUUGCUUCAUUGCCAGUGUGAAACUUUGUGUCUGUUUUUUCUCGUUCCCACUUAUGAUCAGCAUGGCCAUCUUAGUAUAGUGUGCGUUUGCUGCUAUUAUUUGAUUAUAUAUAUGGAUUGAAUUGGCAUGUGUAAAUAUAUAUAUUAUUGUGUUUGCUUUUUGUGAAAGCAAUAAAGUUUGUUUAAUUUGCUGCGU